UGUGGGUCUCCCUGCAAGUGGCUCUGGAACGAGACGGCCUGGUUCGCAAAGAAGCUGACUUGGGAGGAGGGAACUUUCUCUCUUUAGGAGGGUGCGCCCGCUCCGCGAUCCCGGAGCCGCGCCGGCGGACCGAGCAGACAUUGCUAUGGGAGACGUGUAAACACGCUCGCUGCGCAUCGCUGAUGCACGUAUAAAACUAUUUCAUUUUCGUUCUUAUUUCAGAGGAAGAGCCUCUGAUUUUUAUUUUCUUAUUUUUUUUUAUUUCCCUCUCUGGUCCCUUUUUGCCUGUGUGGUUUGGCAAAAGCACAGUUGGAGUAGCUGGUUCCUAAAUAAGUCCCGAGGGCGAGCGGAGACGAUGCUGCGGCGGCUGGUGCAGCAGUGGAGCGUCGCGGUGUUCCUGCUGAGCUACGCGGUGCCCUCCUGCGGGCGCUCGGCGCAGGAGCUCGGCCGCCGGCUCAAGAGGGCCGUGUCUGAACACCAGCUCCUCCAUGACAAGGGCAAGUCCAUCCAGGACCUGCGGCGGCGAUUCUUCCUCCACAACCUGAUCGCGGAAAUCCACACGGCUGAGAUCAGAACUACCUCCGAGGUCUCCCCCAACUCCAAGCCCGCCCCCAACACCAAGAACCACCCCGUCCGAUUCGGGUCCGACGACGAGGGCAGAUACCUGACUCAGGAAACCAACAAGGUGGAGACCUACAAGGAGCAGCCACUGAAGACGCCCGGCAAGAAGAAGAAAGGCAAGCCCGGCAAACGCAAGGAGCAGGAGAAGAAGAAGCGGCGGACUCGCGCGGCCGGGCCGGCCUCCGGCCUCGAGGGGCGCCACCCGUCCGACGACGCCGCCUCGCUGGAGCUCAAUUCCCGGAGGCAUUGAAAUUUUUGCAAAGACCUUCAGAAGACAUAUUACAGAAUUCUGUAAUAGUGAACAUAUGGAAAGUAUUAGAAAUAUUUAUUGUCUGUAAAUACUGUAAAUGCAUUGGAAUAAAACGGUCUCCCUCAUUGCUCUAUGAAACUGCACAUUGGUCAUUGUGAAUAUUUUUUCCAAGGCUAAUCCAAUUAUUAUUAUCACAUUUACCAUAAUUUAUUUUGUCAACUGAUGUAUUUAUUUUGUAAAUGUAUCUUGGUGCUGCUGAAUUUCUAUAUUUUUUUGUAACAUAAUGCACUUUAGAUAUACAUAUCAAGUAUGUUGAUAAAUGACACAAUAAAGUGUCUCUAUUUUGUGGUUGAUUUUCACGAAUGCCUAAAUAUAAUUAUCCAAACUGAUUUUUCCUCUGUGCAUGUAAAAAUAGCAGUAUUUUAAAUUUGUAAAAAAUGUCUAAUAAAAUAUAACCUAAAUUACA